AUGCGCUUGCAAACUGGUACUUCCGCGGACCUGCAGACGCUUCGAGAAGCUGUCAGUGGUUUUGGGGGGUUCAAGAAGCUGGUGCGACUUGGAGUUGGCCUGAAGAAGAACGCACCUGAAACAGAACCGCAGGACGUUUGCAGCCUUACUCAGAAAGAUGUGCAGUUCUUUGUUUUCUCAAGGAUUCGGGACAACUGCUUCGCGUGGUCACUGGGUGACUGUGCCUUCGCAGUGGACAUUCCGGAUGGCCAGCUUUUUCUGAAUGCUCAAGUAAAGACUAUUGGGCACAGCGCCUGCGGGGAAGCCUCACAGAAAGACAGCAUAGAGCAAGAGCAAGUUGCUCCCUUAGAGGUGUAUGUUGUGAGAAAGGGCAGUCUGGCGAGCGCCUUCCAGGUCAACAUCAAGGCAGCAGAGACGCUCUCAAAGGAACUCGCUGAUCAUCCAGCUUCGAUGAUGCUUACGUUGAAAAGCGGGAACCGCUCUUUUGAUGAUCACCUCAAAAACAUCGGUCAGACGGCGUACAGAUUCCUAAUUCGCGUUGCCGGUGGAGCGUCAGGUCAAGCUGACGCAUCCGCUCAUGCUCUCCGCCAUCAUCAAACGUCAGCAGAACGCGGCACGCUCCGCCACCUGUCAAUCGCCGAUUCGCCCGUCUCCUCAGUCGGCCUCCAAAGCGCGCUCUCCGCUCUCGACCACUGCUUGCGGACGCUUGAGCUCUCGCCAGGCAUCAUUUUCCUUGCUGAGCCCGAAAGUCCGCUGGUCGCCGGAAACUACGCCUGUGCGAGCGUUCGGACACUUGUUUUGGGCGACGCGCUCGAAGCAGCGGGGGCGCGUGAGCUGAGGAAACGCAAAAAGCCAGCACUCCCGGGCAGACUUCCAGUGACCAUUUUUCCGUUCGAGCCGCUGCAAACGCUCUGGCUGGUCGGGCUCGGGGGUCUGACGGAAGACGACGUCAUCGGCAUCUUCCGGCGGACGCCGCUCCUGGAGGAGUUCCGCCUGUUCCCGAGCGGAUCGCAGGUGUAUAGGCACCAUUCCGGCGACAUCGAGGUCGCGGCUGGCCACGGCUCGUACGCGUCGCUGACGCCAGCGGCCGUUGCUGGCGUAUUCAAGGGGCUGACACGUCAUCACUGCCCGCGUCUUGCGCGGCUGUCGAUCGGCUGGAAGCACAAUCUUAUCGGACACCAAGAACUCAUUGGCUCCUGGUUGCGGCGCUUCGCGGACGCUCACCCGGAGAUGACCGAAGUCAAGCUCUUCCUAACCGAGAGAUUUCAUCCCGACGACUGGCUAUACGCGCUUUCAAACUGGGCGCCGACCCUGGAGAAAGUCACCGGGCACUUCGGCGCGUACUCCGGGGACUUAGACGCGGAACGGCAGCUGGUGCUCCUCGCAAAGGCGCCCCGGUUGACGGAGCUCGAGUGCCUCGGGAGAUGCUAUCGGGACGAAGUCCAGUGGAUGCGAGAACAGCAACUGGGAGCGUUUACGAAACUGAAGCGCGUGGGGCACUCUUCUCUGCGCUGCUUUCGAUGGAACAAGUACACGUGGUUGCUGGAUGACCUCAGGUACCCGAGCUGGCGUAGAGAGUAG